GCGCACGCGACACUGCUCUCUGUGUGUCUCGCCAGGACUCGCCAGCCUCUGUGACCACACGCCGCCCUGCACCAUGGCCUGCGCCAGGGGGAUCUGCACCGCUGAUAAGAUAUUCAUCUUCAUCAACAUCGCCUUCGCGAGAGGUGGAGAGUGACCCGCGUUGUCCCAGUUCCGAAGGCGGGGUUCGCAGGGUCUGUAGAUGGGUACAGACCAGUGGCAGCAUUAUCGACGCCGGCAAAGAUGUACAGCGGUGCGCUGCUGGCGACGGCGGCGCGGCUGGCGUGGGACCCCAGCACGUACACGUGGUUCCGGUUCCUGUGCGGCGCGCAGUACCGCGUGUCGUGCGCGUACGUGUUCGCGGCGGGGCUGUGGCUGGCGGCGCUGGUGUACCUGGGCGUGGCGGCGCAGCGCAGCGCGCGCGCGUGCCUGCACGUGUACGCGGCGGGCGUGGCGUGCCUGGCGCUCAGCGAGGUGGGCUACGGCGCGUGGAUGUGCGCGUCGCUGGCGGCGUGGUGGCGCUCGGCGCCGCAGGCCGAGCUGGCGCGCCGCGGCAUGGACCUGCUGCACGACCUCAAGCCGGCCCUGCUCGCCGUCGAGCGCUACCGCGACGUCGCGCGUCCGCUCUACGACAUGAUCGAGGAAGUGGAGCGCGAGGCGCCCAACAACGUGUUCGUGAUCGUGGUGUUCGGCGUGCUGGCCAUGCUGCUGCAGAUAGCGGCAUUUGUAAUGGCGCGGCGGCUGGCGCGACGAGCGGGCGCCGGCGCCCUGGCAGCGCCCGCCGAGAAGGACAGCGGCGUGUGCGCCGUGGCCGCCGCCGACGACGACAGCGACUGCAACGACGCCGAGCGCCCGCCUCCGGGCUGGCGCAAGAAGGCCAACCUCCGCAUGUACACCAUACUCGAUAAGAUUUUCUAGCAGGACCAGACCGGCGUUGGCGGCGCGUCGCCGACGGCGGCGGCACGGGGCAGCGGGACGCGCGCGCGG